AUGAAGAUCAUUCCUCGGGGAGGAAUGGAUGCCAGAGACAAGCAGGUGCUCCGCUCACUGCGUUUGGAGCUGGGUGCUGAGGUUUUGGUGGAAGGGUUGGUUUUGCAGUACCUCUACCAGGAGGGGAUUCUGACAGAAAACCAUGUUCAAGAAAUCAAGGCUCAAACCACAGGCCUCCGGAAAACAAUGCUGUUGUUGGAUAUCCUGCCUUCCAGGGGCCCCAAGGCAUUUGAUACCUUCCUAGAUUCUCUCCAGGAAUUCCCCUGGGUGAGAGAGAAGCUGGAGAAGGCAAGAGAUGAAGCCACGACUCAGCUGCCCGCUGCAGUAUGCUCUGGGUCCUGAUGGAUUUCUUGCUGAUUUUUUAAGAAAAAUUCUGCCCGGGCUUUAAUCUAAAGGAACGGAUGAAUACUGCAAAUUCAGAAAAUUGCAGUAUUUCUGAGGACGAGCUUUCGCUUUUCUGCCAUUUUCUGUGCUUUGUUUCUUCCUCACCAUAAAGGAGACACCACCCAGCCAGUGAAGCCCGAAACAGAUCCGGCUCAGCGGAACGUUGAAACCCAACGAGCUUCAAGUGCAUUUGAAAGCGCCAUUACCUGGACACGUUUUUAGGCUGGAGAAAAGACUGGCUGUCUAUUAAGUGACAGUCGGGCUCCUCAGCAUCCCGGUCCAGGAUGAAUAAAGGCACCUGGUUGUGGGUGAGUGGGUGGCAAUAGCCACUGCUCUACCCAAACGUGCUACCCAGCAUCCAUUGCUUCAUUUUUGGGACGGCACAGGGGCCGAUACUGAAUCCAGCUUGCUCUUUGCCUCUGUUGGAGGUGUAUGCCUGACUCUCUUGAGUCAGUUGAUAAUGACGUUGAAGGGGGACCAGAAGCUCAGAGGAGGCGCGUGGUCAGCCAGGAAGGGAUGAGUCAGUGACGACCCAUGGGCCACAGAGACCGACUCUCACAUAUUUGGGAGUUGAACUGGACUCUGCGUUAGAGACCUUUGCUGAGCGUUGGGUGGUAGUGUUUAGAAUUUGUUUAGAACUGCUGACGAUGGCGUGCACGUGGCACAAACGCUUGGGGCUUCUUUCUCCUGUUCCCAGUCCCUCGGUUCCUCUUUGCAGAGCCUGUGCUGCUCAUCGCCUAGAAACUUCCCCAUAAUUAAUGUCAACUUUUUGAUAAUGUAGUUGAUGGAUAUUUCAUAAAAAUAUGUAUCCUGUUUCCAGAAGUAAAACUUCACAGAGAAGAGGGGCUGAGUCAAACAGGAGGAAACCAGCCUUUCUGGUCUGUUUUCUCGGGCAAGCACCCCUAGUGCUGUUUGCUCCCCCAGUGUAUACUCACACCCUGAUUGGAAUAUCAGUGACUACACAGCCAGCCCUUUGAGACCAGUGCCGAAGAUUACUGACUCCACAGCUCUUUAAUCUCCAUAGCCACACGGUGGCCCGGCCUUCUUACAGCUGAGGAAGCCGGGACUCAAGGCUUAGAGGCCUCGUAGCAAGUAGGGUGUAAAGCUGACUCCCGAGCCAGAUCCUUCCCCACCUGCUAGUCAUGGGACCUUGGAUGAGUGACUGUAAAGUUAGGACUAAAUAACGUACUUGUUCUACGUUUUCAGUGAACCACAUGGGCCCAAAGCACUUAGGAAGUGGCCAGUCCAAAGUCAACACACUGGACACGGUGGCCUGUCUCAGCCCCACACUUUAUCAGAGCUCUCCUCCCUUUUCCUAGACCGGCAGUGCAGUCAGGGUCUGGGGCUCUUCCAUCUUGGGAUCUUGAAGGCGAGGCAGAGGGCAGUGGGUUGAGUAAGAUGCUCGGCUGUGAUCCCUGCUGCUUGUGUGACUGCCUCAGCAGGAUAGAAGCCAGCCAUGUUCCAUGCCCUCUGUUGAUGCCUUAGGGGGUAUCUUAUUAUGUACUUUUAAGAUUUCUCUUUUUUCCUUUCUGUUUUUUUUUCUUCUAAAUUUUUCAUGGGAGGGGGAUUAUAACAAUUUUUCUUCCUGAUUAUGAAACUUUUUGUAUGAAUUGUGUGUGUGUGUGUGUGUGUUGACAAGAAAUGUCAUUAAAAUAUUUUAAAAAUUA